GACAGUUAUGAAAGAAAGAGAAAGUAGAUUCUGACAUUGUUGAACAGAGCUGAGACGCCAUUACAGGGUGUGAGAUUAGCUGCUGGAAAACACACAUUUGGAUUAUUUUAAACAAUCAAGUGAAGAGACAGUGACUUGGUGAGUCUUGCUGCUGAAAUAUAAUCAAGAGAGAAGGAGAUGGCUGAGAAAGUUGCUCUUGUUGAAAGUUUCCUGAGUUGCCACGUUUGUUCAGAGACUUUCAGAGAUCCUGUGUCUCUGAGCUGCAGCCACAGCUUCUGUUCAAGCUGCCUGCAACAAUUCUGGAAACAAGCUAAAAACAAAAACUGUCCCAUUUGUAAAAGAAAAUCUUCAAAGGAUCAUCCAUUUGUUAAUUUUACACUGAAGGAACUGGCUGAUUCCUUUGCUGGGAGACAGAAAGCUGAAUCACCUGUGACAGAAAAAACAGAACAGAAGGUGGAGGUGGUGUGUAGUAAACAUCAAGAAGAGCCUAAAAUGUUCUGUAAAGAUGAAGAUAGAGCUGUGUGUCCUGUCUGUGAGUUUUCUCUUCACCAUGGUCACAAGGUGGUUCCUGUAGAACAAGCAGUCAGUGACCUGAAGGAGCAGCUGAAAUCUGACUUAAAGUCUCUACAGGACAAGAGGAACAAAUACAAACAAGUGGAGGAAACAUACAAUGAUGUGAUUCAACACUCCAAGAAGCAGCUGUUGUCCACAGAGAAGCAGAUCAGAGCAGAGUUCAACAAGCUCCACCAGUUCCUGAAAGAGGAAGAGGAGUCCAGACUGGCAGCUCUGAGGGAGGAAGAGGAGCAGAAGUGGAAGACUAUGAGCAGAGAGAUGAAGAUGAUUCAGGAGCAGAUCUCCUCUCUGUCAGACAGUAUCUGUGCUGUUGAAGAAGAGCUGCAGAAACACAAGGUGGCGUUCCUCAGCAGUUAUAAAGCCACUCAGACCAGAGCCAGAGCCCAGAGCUCACUGUCAGAUCCACAGCUGGUCUCAGGAGCUCUGAUAGAUGUGGCCAAACACCUGGGCAACCUGUCCUUCAGAGUCUGGGAGAAGAUGAAGGACAAGGUCCACUUCAGUCCUGUCAUUCUGGACCCAAACACUACAUACCGAUGGCUUCAUCUGUCUGAUGAUCUGACCAGUGUGAGACGUGGAGACACAAAGAAGCAGCUCCCUGACAAUCCAGAGAGAUGCACUUUCUAUGCAGAUGUUCUGGGCUCUGAGGGCUUCAGCUCAGGGAAACACAGCUGGGAGGUGGUGGUGGGAGACCAUCCUGACUGGAAUGUGGGUUUGGCUAAAGAGUCAGUUGACAGGAAGGGAAAAAUAUUUGUUUCACCAGAAUAUGGAGUCUGGUGUUUAUUACAUCGCAGUGGAAAAUACACUAAUGGUGUUGGUAAGACUCUCACAGUGAAGAAGAGUCUCCAGAGGAUCAGAGUCCAGCUGGACUAUGACAGGGGGGAGGUGUCCUUCUACAACCCUGAAGACAAGACUCACAUCUACACUCACAGAGACACUUUCACUGAGAAACUCUUCCCAUAUUUCAGUCUUGGAAAGGCUGGUGAUGCUAAAACCACUGAUAUCAAAAUCAGUCAAACUGAGAUUUCUCUGUGAUGUUCAGGGAUGUUUUUCUAUCAUGAUGGUUUGAGGUUUAUUAAACUGCAAAUACAUGAAAAUCAUUUAGUUAUAUUUCUGUUUUCUUUCAUUCAGAUUUAUUCAUGAUGGUAACUCCUGCUGUUGAUUUUCUGUUGAUGCUGCUUUCUCAGCUUUUAAAGAAUAGAUUUAGUUUGUAGGUUUGUGUCACUUCUUAAAAUAAAGAUUAAUAUCCAAGAAAAUGUGACGACAAAAUCCUGAAACAGUUUCACAUCAUCAGGAGACAAAGUUUACAAAUCAAAGCUGUUGAUUAUCCUGGUUCUCAGCAUCUUGUUUUGAGUCAAACAACAUUGUAUAGUAGUAUAUAUCCACUGUACUGAAUGCUUUGAUUGUUUCAGUUUUGUGACAGUUUGUUCAUCAUCAGGUUUAGUUUUUGAUGAGUUUGAUGAGUUUGAUGAGUUUUGGAUCUGUUGUUUUAUUCUUUGGAAACAGGUGUUUUAAGAGAGUUUGAUUUGAAUGAAGUGUUUAAUCACAGUGCUUCUGCAAACUUUGUCAUGUUUGUUCUGUAUAUGUGAUCAAUAACAUGAUUGAUAAAUGACAAUGUCCAGUUGAUGAUUAUCAGCUUUAAGUGAAUAAAAUGUAACAUCCAGUGGAAGCUACUUGACAUGAUGUGUCAUUAAAUCAGCAGCAGUUUUUAUUCUGAAUUUAUUUCACACAGAAAAGGAGAUUUACUUCAUGAGCUUGUUUCUAUUUAAUGCAGUUUUCAGGGACAACGUGUUCACACGAGCAUCAUGUCAACAUUACUGACUAUAUCCAUACAGUAUGUGGACGUAUGGACACAUGUUUCUUUCUGUGAGCGUCACAAGAUGGAGACAAAGUUCACAUUUUGUUCACAGUCUGUUAUGGUUAGGCUGUUCCAACCUUCCUUCCCUUUUUGUUUUCCUCUGUUUUUUAACUCUCCUUAUGUCAGAGUAGUUGUGUGUGUCCUGCAGGGCGUGGCUUCCUGGUUCCUGCUCCCGCCCAUUCUCCUGCACACCUGCUGCUCAUCACCUGAUUAACACCUCAACCUGCUGCAGCAUAAAACCUCCAGCUCAGUCCUCCACUCUUCACCAGUUUGUUCAGUCGGCUCCAGUGGUAACUCUACAGCUGAGCUCUCAGUUUUUUCUCUUGCUGAUGAAUUAGUCCAGCUGGAUCAAAUGAACACAGUGCAGUGCAGAUAUAUGAGCAGAAAAUGUUUCCUUCUACAGAGUCAGUCAGCCUGUUGAAAUGUUCAGUCCUCACUAAACUAAAAUACCACAAACUU